AUGGAUAACGUUCAAGUUCAUGAAAUGUUUAUCAACUACCAAGGCGCAAACCAAAAGACCAUAACCAUUAACCAGACGUACACUGUUGUUGAGACUACUGUUGUAUUACCAAACGGUGAAACUGAAAUUAAACAUAUUUUCAUUGACAGUGCAUUUCCAGUAGGCAAUGAAGCCACGUGCUAUGUGAUAGUAGCGAUCGAAGACAAUGAGGAUCCAGUUAUUACCUUUUGUCCAAACAAUAUAACAGUAAACACUACAUUCCGCCUACCAACUGCUAUUGUGUCUUGGAAUGAACCAAUCGCUGAGGACAACUCCGGUAGAGUGAACUUUACUGUUGAUAUUGGACCAGCCAGUGCAUUCCAAGUAGGUGAUACUUUAGUGACGUACACAGCGGAAGAUCCAUAUGGAAAUACUGACAUGUGUUCCUUUACAAUCACUGUUCAAGAUAAAGAACCUCCGGUUAUCAGUUGUCCUACAAAUGUCACUUCAAAUAACUACAUCAGUGAGAUGUUAAGUAUAAUAUAUGUGAAGGCAGAUGAAGGUCGUUCAUAUGCAACCGUCACCUGGGAUACACCUAUUACUAGUGACAAUAGUAAUGACAAUGUUACGGUCGUAGCUGCACCAUACCAGUCAGGUGGUAUGAUACCAGUCACCACUUCGUUUAUUCAGAUUGUCUACACAGCAACGGAUGAUUACGAAAAUGCUGAAACAUGUGAAUUUGCUAUCCAGGUCUUAGCUGCACCAUACCAGUCAGGUGGUAUGAUACCAGUCACCACUUCGUUUAUUCAGAUUGUCUACACAGCAACGGAUGAUUACGAAAAUGCUGACACAUGUGAAUUUGCUAUCCAGGUCUUAGGUAAAGCUUGA